AUGACCCACCAUGCAUUUUAUAAUAUAUUACAUAACAUAAAAAAGGAUCCGCACACGUUAGAAGAAGUUGGAAAUAUUGCCCAAGAGCUUUUGAACAAUAAAAGGAUAAAUAUUGAUCAAGUACUUGUACCUUAUUGCGUUCACUCCGAUAAGAGUGGAGUAGCUUUUACCCUUGCAAAUACUGAAAUGGAUAUGUUUACUACGUUCGCCCUGAAAGCCACUGAUACUUCUAUUCUCUUAAAAAAACAACACAUAACCUUGGAUUCUUUCUUUCCUGGGGUUGAUGUCCCCUUGCGAAUUAAUAAAUCUAUAGAUAUUUUAGGCAUAGUGAAGCAGGCCUUCCGUUCCUUUGAUCAAAAUACCAUUGUCCAAGUGGAUUCUAAGCUCAACGUGAAUAUUCCAAGAGAAUCUGUUUAUGACGCUGAGAUGUACAGAAUACUUUUUAAUUGGCUUACUGAAGUACAUUAUUAUGAAAUUAUUGAACAGUGGCACUUAGGGCAAGUUGUUAUAGAAUAUAAUCAUUAUUGUGCUACGCAAGAACUAAAACUUAACCCAGCCAUCGAUGAAAAUUAUCAUCAUAAACUCUACGUUGUCAAUGCGAUACAAGCUUUCGUAAGGAGGGUGGAUGUGGAUGGCCAUGAUAUUACAAGAAAACCGUAUUGGCCUUCUGAAGAAUUACAGAAGAGGGAUUUUAAAAAUGCCUUUAUGAGUGCCAGAGUAAAAGAUAUUUCUGGCAAUUUUAAUGAUAUUAUCAACCAACGUGUCUUUUCUCAAUAA